AUGCCCGAAAAGGCGCCAGAUAUGGAGCAGAGGGCGGCAAAGUCAUCACGUUCGGCCGAGGACCCGCCUUCCUAUUCUCUAUUCACGGUGAAAAGCAAGGCUACUAGGGCGACCUGGCACCUCCCGGCCGGAGACGAGCAGAAGUACAUCCAAGUCGCCGUGGAGCGAGAGGGCAUGCCGAACGGCGUCACCGUUUGCGAGAAGGUCGAGCCACACCUGCUUUUCAACCAGUCCCGUGGUGCACCAGGGCUUAGGAAAUACCUUAUUGGACGGCGGAUCCUCCUCCCCGCUUUUCCCGCCAUCGACGAAGACGUUGUGUAUGACGUUGUGCAGGCGAUUCUCCAGGGCGCGAAGGAGGACCGAUCCCCAGUCCUACCCUUAGCGACCAAGCCCGUUCAGAUGAUCAAGCUGCAUUGCGUGCUAGCGCUGUUCGAGAUGGAGCGAGGGACGAAUAAGCUGUCAGCGGAAUUGUGGAGGCUCUUUGGGGAGAGGGAGCUUGAGGCUCAAGAGGUGUUCUGGAUUUGGGAGACGUUCAAGGCGGCGUCGGCGCUCGAGGGCUGUAAGCCGCCAUACCUGAGGCACGCAGGCGACUACGUUCAGAUGGUGGCCUGGCAAAUCUUGAACCUCGAUGCUGAGGGUCGGCUCAAUAAUAAUGUCCGGUAUUACAUCCAGAUGGAGAAUGGGUCGCGACAGUUGACGAAUGUUCUGAAGGAGCGGUUCGACAAGUAUGGCCUUUCUCGGGACACGGAGCCCAAGACAUCUGCAAUCAGCACUACUCAGAGUCCGGCAAAGGAGAAGCUUGCUUCUACAACGCGCCAGGCACCUGGAGUCUGGAAACAGGCCACCCAGAAGCAGACCCAGGCGUCUCAGAAGCCAUCGCUGGCGCUCCGAGAGGCGCAAGCGCUGCAGGCCUCUGGCGGGCCUAGCAUCAGUUUCAUGAAAUCGGUAGAAGUCUCCAUGACAAAGUCCGCGCCACCGCUCGGUCAGCCAGAGCCUCGCGGAAACGCUUGGGGCACCGCGGUGUUUGGCUCAACCCCUGCUCCUACGCAGACGAGCCCCUUUGCGACGUCUACAACCCCAAGUCAGUCCCCCUUCACUCCUAACCAGCCAGCAGCCUUCCGCGCCGACGCCCGGCCGGCGCCAUCUGGGUUCAACUUCAGCAGCCCUGCCUUGCAAUCGCCGGCGCCUGCGGCCUCGUUCUCUUCCGUUCCGGGUACUGCUGCCCAGUCCUUCGCUUCCUUUGGCAGUCCGACCGUGACAGCACCGAGUACGCCUCCGAGCUCAUUCAGCACCGGAGGCGGCGCGAGUCCUUUCGGAAACCCGUUUGGAAACCCGUCCGGAAACCCUUUCGGUAGUCCUACGAAUAGUGGCUCCCCAGGGAACAUGUUCGGCUUCCAGGGCAGCGCGGCAGGCCCCACAUCUGGUGCGCCGGUUGGCAUGCGCAGGAAUAUUCGCCCUGCGCAGGGCACCAAGGGUAGGAAGAAGUAGGUUCGUGAGCCUGGAGUCGGGGUCUUGGGGAGGUGGGCCGGCGGGCUUCAACGGUAUAUCUAGGGAGGAUAAGGUGAGAUC